AUGGCCAAGAAUAAUGAUGCCAUGAAGGCCUUCAAGAAGGCGAGGAAAGCUACUGCGGCUCAAAAUAUCUCGGCCCGGGCUGAUGGGGAAGGAGCUUUCCAAGCUCCUUUGAAGCCAUCUGUGCCGAGCUCUCCUGGCCCGAGGAGAAUGAUCCCUACACCUCGGGUCCGUUUAGUGGAUCCCCCUCAGUCUUCUACCGCUGCUGUGAUUUCUUCUUCAGCCGCCCCUCUUCCAAAAAGACCUCGAACUGUUGAACCCUUCAAUCUAGAUGCCCCAGAUUUUGAUCCUAUUGGUUUUGUGGACCAGCAGAUCGCACCUUAUGGUGUUCUUUCAAUGGAUGAUGUAUCUCUCCUUUAUCACUUGGAUUUUAUAACUCGGAGUAGUGUCAAGAUGGCCCAUAUGGGAGCUGCUUUGUAUCGCACUGCCCAAAAUCUACCUCUGCAUGCUACCAAAGCUUUUAUAGAGGAAGCUAAGCGAGAAUUUGAUCGGAUGAAGGGUCUCAAGGAGGAGUUUGAAGCGGAGGUGACUCAACUGAAAAAUGAGCUAGAAGGGGAGAAGGCCAGCUCUCUUGCCCUGGCGGCCUCUGUGCGAUUGGCUGAGGAUGUGGCUUUGAAGAACAAAGAAAGCUAUGUCGCAUCCUACCGAGAAGUGAUACAUCUUCGGGAUGAGCUAGACGUAACUGCUGCCUAUGAGAACCUGAAGGAACAAGUUCGGGUUAUUGCCCCGGAGGUUGACCUUGCCUUGUUUAGCUUGGAUAAUGUUGUGAAGGAUGGCAAAAUCGUUCCCGAUGACCCUGAUGAUGAUGAUGUUGAGCCUCCUUCUGUUCCUUCUACCAAAGUCUCCGUUGUGCCGCCCUCUUCCUCUCAGGCUGCUGAAGUCGUUCAACCUGAGUUCGAUCCUGAUGUUCAGAUCCUGAACCAAGAUGAUGGGACGGUAGAUACAGUGCCUCUUCAGACUCGUCCUCCUUCACCCCGGGAUGCUGCUACUGGGAAACCUUUGGACUCUCUUUGA